AUGAACACGUCACUCGAACCUGUAGUUGAACCCCUUGCGACCGAUGAAGACGCUCAUCUGUCUCUCAAGGUGCGGACGCUGGACCAAAAGACGUAUUCAAUUACCAUCUGUGCGGCCGCGUCUGUGCCAGAGCUCAAGGAACUUGUGGCCGUUGAAACGGGCAUCACGUUGGCCCGUCAACGACUCAUUUAUCGCGGACGUGUGCUCAAGAAUGACCAGACGCUGGCUUCGUAUUCACUGGAAGACGGCCAUGUGCUGCAUUUAGUCGUACGUGCUGUGCCUCCUCCUCCACUUGCGGACGCUGCUUCGACUGAUAAUCACGGACCGGCCAUUACUCUAGACGCAGAGCAAAAUGAUGGUCCUACUAGCCGGGAUCCUUCUCCACCUUUGUAUUCAGCGUCACACUUGGACGCAUUAAAUGAAGUUGACGCGUUGAACGCCCAGCUGGACGAGUUCCAGAGAACGACUUUCCGAUCAAGGGCAAGGUCACGACAGCUUCAGGACCGCACGCAUUCACCACAGUCGCCUCCAUCUACAAGAGAUAACGACGAACCGGAUCCGACCAUGGGACGGUCAGGUGCGGUACAGCCUGGCCGCGUGCUCAUGGGUGCGACCAUCGCGGUACCAGAGGGCACGGGCGUCACUAUGCCCUUUCUUAGCUCUUUGGUUAGCAACCUCAUCACGCAGGUCCGUGAAACUGGGGGUGGAAUGGAAGCAGAAGGGGCAACGACGGGGACAACUGCAGAUGGACAACACCAUGUGACGUUUUUAAGGGAAGUUCCGGGCGGCACCACUGCUGCUGAAAUGGAUGCAGCUACUGCACGAGCUACACGAGCAUUUCGUCAUCCCCACCGGUAUCGUGAUGAUUCGGGUCGCCAACGCGCAGCGCGACGUUCUUCUUCAGGUGUUGAGCGUCAAGCUGCUUUGCGCGCUCGUAUUGGGCUUCGACUCGAGGCAGUGCGUGCGACGCUGGACAAUGCGUCUCUUGAAUUUCCCACCCAGCUUUCAGCACUACCGCAAGGAGACAACACUGCCAUGUCAGAACUUCAGCAGCAGGUGGAAAUGCUGUUAACCCUUCUGGAGCGUUUUGGACCGCGUCUGCGACUUCUGCCUGCUGCGCUCAGUCAGCGAGACCAUUUGAGCGGGCGAGUUGCUACCGCAUCGGUCGGAACUACUACUGUCUCAACCUACCACCCUUCAGCUAUAGUAUCGAACGGGUCCAGUGGAGCAUCAGCCGAGGCUAAUACACCAUUAAUCGGACCUAGUACAGCAUCAGUAGAUUCCAGUACAGCGUCGACUGGGCCCAGUUCUGCAGCAGCCGGGUCCAAUAAUUUAGCAGCCGAGCUCGUGACUGCGUCAAUCGGGCCUAAUGCUACACCAGCUGAGUCGGGUUCUGGUAGCACAACCACCAGUGAUAAUGCUGUCGCCGCUGGGGCAACGUUAUCGGGGCGUCAGAUUAUUUGUAUCAUCGAGGCGCUGCAAACUAUCGGAGAAUCCACCGAGUUGCUGGCACGCGUGGCACGUCACGCGUUUGUUCGGCAAUCUAUACAAUUGAGCGAACCGAUUUCAAGACGAGGAAAUGCUGCAACAGCAGGUGACAGAAUGCAAGCGAGAUUUCAUGCUCGUGCACGUCCAGCAAAUAGUGCACGUGUAGAUACAACGGCCGAGGAUAGAACACAAGCGACUCUUGAUGCAAUGCAAGCCACCCGCACAUCGAGAACGGUAGCACCAGGUGCAUCCAACAUGAGACCACGGGUGAGCCACAUCAGCACUACUGAGUCGUUGAAUGAACGAAGCUCCGCAACCCCACGAACGGCCAGAGCUUCUUCGGCAGGGCUUCCUGGAUUGACACUCAGCUUCCCAGCUGAUCUCACUAGCGCAGUGCCACCGCCGGUUCCUGGACCAGUAACUUCAGUGCGCAACAGCCAGCCUAUCACUGAAGCUAACGCAGCUCGAAGCGAUGGUGACGCCUCAUUGCCAACCUCAGGUGCUCACAUUUCCAUCUCUAAUUUAGGUUUACCGCUCGUGCCAUCGGUGGUGUUCCCUUUCUCUCUUGCAGCGGAUCUCGGUGGUAGCCAUGCGACUACAACUUGGAACCUAGCGGACUUUAUUAGUCGACUGACGAGUGCGAUCCCAAUUUCUACUCUGUAUGGGGUUAUGGCAGGCAACGGCACACAUCUGCACCACAUACUGGCGCAAAUAGGCUUUGCGCUGUUCAGCGGUGUUGAUGUCCCGCGGGGAACCCGACCGAGUAUCCAUACCUGGACGCGGGAUCUUGUUGCUGAACUCCGUCGUCUUAUGCGCUUACAAGCGUUGCCUGCUGACGUGACGGAUCAAGUCAAUGGGACUGUGGAGCGGCGCUUGGCUCUUGGGGACGAGCUCUUGCGUGUUGUGGAACCAUUUAUUCCAAACCUCGUUGACAUUCUUGUCCGAGCCACAUCGGCAAGCCGGGCUGCCGCAUUUGGUACAAGCAGCGCUACUUUUUUGCGUACGAUGACUCAGCAGGUUGUUCGUGAACUCCGUUCCUACGCAAGAGGUGAUUCGUCGGAAUUAGAAAGCGAAAGCGAUGAGCGUUUUAAGCGUUUGCUACGAGGGCUACUGGUAUGGCUUGGCAUGAAUGAUCAUAUAGCAAGUUUUGUCGUUGACAGCCUGUUGUGCUGGAUUGGAGGAGACAGCACUGUCAGUCGUCGUGGCCACACACACCAACGUGACGAAGCUAGUAGCGAUGCAGGUGUUGCCGACUCUCCGGCUACUAAGCGGAAACGUGAGUAG